UAUCUCUUUCUCUUUAGAUCUCUUCGGCGCAAAUCUAGGGAACUUAUCUCUGGAGUUUACUUGACCUCGCUUCCAUCUUCAGUUUUCUUUGGAAUCUUCUUUUAAAAAAAACCAUCUUGGAACUGGUGUUUAAGUUCAAUAUUAUAUGGUAAUUGGGGGUUGAAUGAAAAAGGUCAACAUGCCGUGGACUUCAUUUUUUGUGAAUUACAGCAGGACCUUGGUGGUGUUCUUUCGUGUUAUACUGUAAUUUUGAUUUCUUCUGUUGGUGAAGUUACAUUAGUUUGUAAAAGAUAUUUCUAUCAAGCGUGUUUAUAACUAAAUAUUGGUUGGAGGAAGUGAGAAUGUAUGUUGCGGUAACCAUAAAGAGAUAUCGAGCAGUGAAGGACGUUGGGAAAAUUAAAAUGAGCGUUGGUGUCAUUGCGUAUUACCAACUGGUGCAAGUUUGUCAGGCUGAAUAUUUCCGUCAGUUGCUUAAACCUGUCACGUAGUCUAGUAGUACGAAGUUCUGGGAUAUUGGGAUUUGGGAUGGUCUGCCGUCAUUUUGUUUAUACAUAAGAAGGCAUUGAGAGAACGAAAUAGUUGAUUUUCUAAACUGUUGCUUUGGGAUAGACGGCUCACUUGUUCUGGCAUGGCAAUAGUGUGAUUACUAUUAGUGGUAUUGUCGCUUUAGGAACCUUCAUCCAAUCAAUAAUUCUAGAGUUUUCAACUAAAAGGUGAAAAUCCUUCUUUCCUUAUAUUUUUUUUUUUCAAUUAAAUAGACCUUAGAUGCAGAGAGACCAGCAAUUUUACCCAAGAAAGGCAGUGCCCCCCUUUGGAAAUCUUGGGGUUAAUGACUACAUGCAUAUUCCUGUUGCGCCUGCCUUUGGUGCAGUUUUACCUCCGGCUGCAAGGCCACCAAUACCGUUUGAUGGUGUUGAAUUGCAGCCCUCUGAGGUUUGUCCUAAGAAUUUCGUUAUCUUAGAUCAAACUCAUCACCGAAGUCAAAUUAUGUUCCAUCCUGCUAGUGCACACAAAUUUGAUGGCCCUAGUUUGAAUUUCUGUGCAAAUUACAUCCAAGACAUCUUUGAGAGGAAGGAUGUUACUGAUUUGAAAAGAGGGAUGUCCUCUUCUCUAAAAGAGGAUUCAGAUGAUAUUGAUGCAUUGCUGAGCUUGGAAGAGGAGGAAGAAGAAGAUUAUGAUGAGGAAGAGGUCAGCACAGCAAGAACUGUUGGAAAUUACGGAUGCAACUCACCUGAUUCUGUUUCCAGUUAUGCUUCUGAACACCAAAAGAAUAAAUCAUCUUCUUCAAAAGUUAAGUCCUCUGGCAGCACUAGCAACUGUAACAUUGAGCGGAAACAACAGAAAAUGAAGAAGAUGGUGAAAGUAUUGAGGGGAAUUGUUCCUGGUGGUGAUCAGAUGAAUACUGUUACUGUUCUGGAUGAAGCUGUGAAGUACCUGAAGUCUCUGAAGGUCGAAGUACAGAAGCUUGGAGUUGGAAAUUUCAAAAACUAGGCUUGAUACCAUGCCUGGUAACAGUGAUUCGACACUUUUUUUUUUAUGAUUCAAGUUUGCAGUAUUCUGGUUAUAUCGUCUCCAUCUCCCCUGGGCCGGUUGGCACAAUUUGGAUAAUAGCAUUAAGGAGGCAUUCGGAACUUGUUUUAUAGUUUUCAUGUUAAUCGGGUUUAUUGUGCUGACAAUGAUGCAGAUGGUUGAACUUUGAAAUUCACUUGAUGCACUUGUGUUUGUUGGCCAAGACUAAGAUUAUGCCGAGGAGCAUAUUGUGUAAUAUGCAUACACUUUAUCUAGUCGCCACAUAAAAUCUGUAUGCCAUCUUGAUAUUUCUGGAAUAGUAUAUUUAUGUAAUAAUGAUGCACAGUGGACACUCCUUUUGUUGCAUUGUGGUUAUAUAUGCUUAUUCCUUAUCAAGAGGUUAAGUGGUCCUUAUCGGGUGAUGGAUCCCAAAUUGCUCAGGAUUCUGUCGCUAUUGUAAGUCAACUUUUGCAUUUCUGUUUAUGCUCUAAUCUUUGCUUU